ACAGGAAAAAGAACAACCCCCUUUCCCAGCACAUGAUGGGCUGGAGCGGUACUUCCGCCUUGUGAGUGACAGUUGCUUUGACACUGUCUGAGUUUGGUGCGGCUCAGAGAUGGGCACGAUCCUGCUGACAUGUGCGAUGCUCAAUUUCGCCAUUCAGUGGCUCCUCUGGGCUGCAGCGAGCAUUCUGCAAACCGAGAAGUUUUACGAUUUGGCAGGGUCAGGGACCUUCAUCAUAUUGACUCACCUGAGUUACAGGUGGAAUCGCACCAGCUACCACAGACAGAAAAUACAGAGUACCUUGAUAACUGUGUGGGGCUUGAGACUGGGCCUAUUUCUGUUUGUCAGAGUGUUAACGGAAGGCCACGACAAACGUUUCAAUGAAGUUCGCACCAACCCAAGACGGUUCUUUGUUUACUGGACGCUUCAAGGUGUAUGGAUCUUCAUAACACUUCUUCCAACGCUAAUUCUAAACACUCAGGAAAAGGACCAGCCUUUGUGUGUCCGAGACUAUACUGGAUGGACAAUCUGGACUUUGGGCUUUGCUAUAGAAGCCAUUGCAGACCAACAGAAAUGGAAUUUCAGAAGCGAUCCUAAUAAUGUUGGCAAAUUCAUUCAAACUGGACUCUGGGCUUACAGUCGUCACCCAAACUAUCUGGGAGAAAUACUGCAAUGGACUGGCCUGUUCCUCUCUGCUUCUUCUGUAAUGAAGGGAGUGGAAUAUCUCAGCGUGUUCUCCCCAGUGUUUCUGUGGUAUUUGCUUACCCACAUAAGUGGAAUUCCGAUAUUAGAAAAGCAAGCAAUGUUGAGGUGGGGACAUGAUCCCACUUACAUUAAAUACACCAAGAACACUCCAGCUUUGUGGCCAUUUUAAUUUUAGUGCAAGUUCUCGCCCCCCACCCACAUUCAGUAAGAAAGGUGUAGAUUUUCAGGUAGAACUGGAGGUUGAGGGGCUUCUUGUCUUUCACAAUCUUCAGCCUGUCAUUUCAAAGUAAAUGUGUUCCAGGUAUUCCAGUCGUUUAGCUGGUGAUCCUAAUAUCUUAUUUGAAACUUGUAUUGUUGUUACAUUUCAUUUUGUAACCCCAGUGAUGACUGUAAUUAUGGGAGGUGAGGAAGGAAGUGUUAUAACUAUGGGAACUUUCUUUCCCCAUUCCACAACAGAAAUAAAAGAUGCCUUGAUUUUAAA